GUCCGACUGCACCUCUUCCUCGAUUUCCCUCAGCCCCUACUCAGGACCAAGAAGCACCAACUGGUCCCCCAGCUCCGAUAGUCCCUGCUGCCACCGUACUCAUCCUGGUCUACACCCAGGAUCUGGAGCAAAUUCCAGACACUUUUCAGAGGACUGUCUACGAGACGGCGAACCACGCGGUGGAUCAUUUUUAUAAGGCUAAGCCAACGGACCUGAGGGCGAUCGAGGAGAGGAGCUCGGAGAAUGAUAUGGAAUCCGAUCUGGGGAUGAACCUCACAGCGGUCUUGGCUCAACAUCGCAGCAUAGCUCGGGCCAGGGCCAGGAAUGACGAGCUUAAGGCCGAGCUCCAGACCGCUCAGGCCGCCCUGACUGCGACCCAAGCUGCCCUCGUUGCCGCUCAACAAGGCGAACAAAGCGCCAAGGUUGCCCUGACGGUAGCUCAAGCAGGCGAGCAGGCUGCAAAGGUUGCCUUAACCGCGGCUCAAGAGGGCGAGCAGGCUGCCUCGGCUGCCCUUCAGGCCGAGCUCGUGGGGGCCAAGGCCAAACAGCUGGAGGCCGAGGCUGCUCUUCAGGAGGAAAAGAAGGCCUUGACCUCCUCCAUGGAGAGCAUGUUGUACCAUUGCUGGGCCUUCAACCAGGACGACAACUUCUCCUUCACGGCCUCCGAAGCGUGGGGGCACUACCUCGAGAAGUUCAAGGCUCAGCUUCAAUAAGAGCUGUCGUCUGAGACCGGGGAGGCCUCUGCCACUGGCGAGCAAGAGACCAAGGAGGUGACAUCCUCAGAGCGCCCUGGAGGGUCUUAGUUUUUAUUUGCCUUAAUUUAUUUUACAUGUUUUUUUUUUUUGUAAACAUUUAGUACGAGGUUAUUUUCCUCGAGACAAUUUAUCUAUAAUUUCAGUAUUUAUUUUUUAUUUA